UAUAAACCGUUUCACCAGUGUAGACUUUUCAUUGCAGUUUUCACUGUUCUUCCGGAAAUGGCGUCAACCAUGACCUUCCCUUUUCUGAUCACGUCUGUCAUGUAGACAGUUCGGACAAAUGUCCCUGUAAAGUAGUUAUAGAAAAAUGACUUUUACGUAGAUGGUGUUGUCAUUAAGGCUAAUUUGUUGUGGUGGGAGGGAACAUAAACAUUCAGGUGUCAACUGACACUGUUCAUUUUGGGAACAAUGGUGAAAUAUUUCCACUGCGUUGGUCUUCUCAAGAACUCAUGGGACCAAGUCUGCCUGGCAUUCUGGGAACGAUACCCCAACCCCUAUAGCAAUCAUGUUUUGACGGAGGACAUCGUUUUCCGCGAGGUGACGCCUGACAACUGCCUCCUCUCCAGGCGCCUGUUGACCAAAACGAACAGAUCCCCGCGCUGGGCAGAAAAGUUCUUGCCCAAGCAAAUGGCCCGCCAUGCGUACAUAAUUGAGGACUCUAUUGUUGACCCAAAGAACCGGACCAUGACCACGCUCACCUGGAACAUAACUCACGCGCGCCUCAUGUCGGUGGAGGAGCGUUGUGUUUAUGUUGUGAAUCCAGACAACAACAACUGGACAGAGAUAAAGCGUGAGGCAUGGAUCUCCUCAAGCCUCUAUGGACUAUCCAGAGCCAUCCAGGAAUUUGGUCUUGCAAGAUUCAAGACCAGUGUUACCAAGACCAUGAAAGGAUUUGAAUAUGUUUUGUCUAGAAUGCAAGGCGAGACGCCCUCCAAGACGCUGGCAGAGACGGCCACGGAGAAGGCCCGCAAAACGGCCCUGGCGGCCAAGGAGAAGGCCAAGGACCUGACCUCCCAGGCUCAGAAGAAGCAAUACGUUUGAAGGGGGGUUUGGAGGGCCACGGGCCCCCACUAAUGCAACCUAUACUCCCCUCUCCCAUACAUGCACUUGCUACACCGCAGUGCUCUUGAGCAUCCAUCCUCCCUGUGUCUGACCUAGUCAACCCUAUCUGACCUGAGUGCAUCUCCACAUCAGCCUUAUCCCAGGUUAAGACAUGAAGGAUGGAUGGAGAUUUACAUCUUCCUCUAUUUAGUUUUGCUCUGUUCAAGAGUAGUUAUUAUGGGUUAUUAUCAUUAAUCGAGGGUGGGUGGGAAUACAUGUGGGUCUUAAUUUAUCCGUCUUCUUUCCUUUGUAUGUAGAUCUACAUAC